AUGAUGUUUGCAGAUGAUGUGGUGUUAUGCAGUAGGAGCCGAAAGAAGCCGAUACUUAGCUGGGAGAUGGAGAGAUGCUCUGGAGAGGAGGGGUAUGAAACUGAGCACUUUUGCUUCAGUAGUAAUGGCAAGGAUACGAUUAGGCUACAGUCGGUAGAGGUAGCAGAAACAGAUGAGUUUAGGUAUUUGCGAUUGACUCUCCAGAGAACUGGAGAUUGUGGAAGAGAGGUAAAGAAAAGAGUGCAGGGUGGAUUGAAUGGAAAGAUAAGGGUCACAGGAGUGACUUGCGACAAAAAGACUAGAAGAUGA